CUCUUUCGUCUCACCUCGAGAGCUCACUUCGCCGCCCCCUGAAGUCCUGACCCGGAAUCGCUGCUUGAGAUUUGUUUCAACCCCAUAUUCUGCCCAGCUUUGCCUUGCUAUUCAUCAAUCAUCGGCUUCAUCGUGUUCCAAUUAGCUCCUUCAGCCCAUUAAUGUACAACAGUUGGAGCCCCUAAAGAAGUGGACUUACACGAGUGGGGAAAGACACUGCCCAGAACCACGGGGAAUUCCCUCUUUCUACGCGACCGUACAACUGCAGGGGGUCUGUCACCAAAAUUAGGAGACGGGAGCUUUUGGCGAGCAUUUCUCGAAUUUGAGCACGAGCUAAAUUCCCAUUCCAAGCGGGCCAGCCUGCCACAAAAAUUCCCACCGCGAGACGUCAACAAGAGUCCACUGCCAUCCUUUUCUCCAAAUCUCCCCCAUCCGCGCUUAGACCUCCCCUAAAACGACAUCUGAUUCCAACGCCAGUAUCAGUCGAUUCAACGCACCGCCUCUUGCUCUCCGAAACACUACUGUUGUAGAGUGUGGCUGACAACAGCCAUCUCCUCCCGGAAGAGACGGACAACCUGUCCUCCUUUUAUUUUUAGGCUUGCGCCUGCAGCAUUACGACCGAACGACCGAUCCACUGACUUAACGUUGUUUGAAGCUUAUAGCUCGAGCGAAGAACUCGCUUACUUUCCCUACUCGCUUGCUCGACUCGAUUGCUGCACGCUUGGUCUUCACCUCCGGCAUCAGGGAUGUGAGAGGGCGCGGUCCCCCAAAUCGAAUAACCGACGAACUAGGCAAACAUGGACUCGACACCUGCCGACGUGCAUCCGCCCAGCGGCGCAUCUGCUGCCUCUGUCAAAGAAAAGGUGCCGGCUACUGAGACGACGGCGACGACAACAUCCGGUUCCCCUCCGGCUAAAGAGAAGCCAGCGACUGCUUCCAUCCCUUCGAUAACAUCUGCACCGUUGCCUGAUGCGCCAAAGCCUGCCAACGAAGAAGAUGAUCUGGCAUCUAAGCUCCUCAGGUUCUUGUCGACCGCGACCCCCGAAACCCUCGGUGCCGUCGCCGUCGGCCUGGCAGCCUCGACCUACUUUAUACUCGGCAAGGUCGGACUCGUGCUCAUUGGCGCGUUUGGCGGCGUCGUCACCUUCAUCACAUACGAGACGCGCCAUCCAGAGGUGUCGCGGGCUGUCCGGGGCGAGAAGGGCAUCGACAUCCUCCAACGCCUGGCGCUGGUCAAGAUCGCCGAACCGCCCAAGGAUGAUGCGGAAGAGGAGGAGCGGCUCAUACACGGCUUCGAUGACUUUCAGCCCGAGACCCGCGAGGCGUUGACUGGCCUGGUGGAUGCCGUCAUCCGCGACUAUGUGAAAUGGUGGUACUCGCCCAUCCUUCCCAACGAUAGCUCAUUCCCUCUGUCCUGCAGGAGGCUCCUCAAUUCGUUCCUCCUCUCCGUCUCGAACCAUCUCCACCGCAAGCGACCCGCCGAUUCCUUCAUCGAUUUCAUGACCAACUCGUCGUCCAUGUUCAUCGUCUUCCUUUCCGAGCUAUCCUCAGCAUUUACCGAGCAGCACAAUGACUCCAAUUCGUCGGCUGUUGACAUCAUCGCCAAGUACCUCGAAGAGAACCCCAAUUCGAACCUGGCCAAUCUCCUGAACCACCCACAGCAGGCAGCCAAGUUCCGCAACGUGGCAGAUGAUCUGCUUGGCUUCCUGGACCGGUCGGCGUACAACUGCGACCCGGCGCGCGUGUUUUUGAGAGAGAUCCUGGCCGGGGUCAUCCUCGAGAUGACCUUGCAGUCAUGCUCGAAGCCGGAGUGGAUCAACGGCUGGAUCGUAUAUCUGUUGGAAGCUGGAGAGCCCGAUUUCAGUCAGGCCAUCGACGUUGGCAUGCAGACAGGACCUGAUGCUGCCAACGCCAGCAACGCCAGCAUUGCGAACAACAAUGCCUUCGUUGACAUUGACGGAAACCUCGGCAACAUUGCCUUGACCAAGGGAAACCGCAACUCACUGGACAUGGAGCGAGAACGUCGGAAAGGUUCAUUGGUGACGCACAGGAAGCAGCUCAGCAAGGCCGACGAAGAGAUGGAAGAGGCCAUGGAGGAGAUGAAGCGCAUGAACGCCUUGAUUGCCGAGGAAGAGGCUAAGAGAGCCAAGGCACGACAAAGCGUUGAUUUGGCACCAAAACCAACAGUACAGGCCACCGAAGACAAGGUUGUGUCCUCGCCUGGGGAAUUGUCGCCGAGAUCACUGUCUUCGGCAGAGAAGCCAUCCACAAACGGUUCACAUGGUUCUAAUGGGUCUAACGGCUUCAACAAGGACGACGGCCAGCACUCACCCGACACGCCGAGAUCUCCUGCGGAUUCAUCCAGUCAGAAGUCGUCGCCGAACCACACGUCCAACGGGAGCGCAUCCCAGUUCCUGAAUUUCGACCAAAUUGUACCACCUGCCAAAGAAGAGCCUGAAGCAUCGGAAGAAGGCUCCCGCAAGCCCCCAUUGACCCUUCACAACGCCACUAUUACUCUUUAUGAAGAUGGCAAUGACAGCAGUAAGAUUCGGAGUAAACCGACGUGGGAUUACAUGGUUCAGAUCGAGCCAUCGUCUUCCCACUAUCCUGGUUGGAUGAUUGUCAGGCAAUAUUCGGACUUUGAGACUCUGCACGAGAUACUUAGGCGCAUUGCAACGAUCUCGGGCGCGACAGCCUUUACAGAGCAGCAUUCCACGCUUCCCAGCUGGAAGUCGCACACACGGGCGUCGCUGCGGGGCGAGUUGGAACGGUACGUGAAGGAUGCCUGCUGGUACAAGCCCCUCGCAGAAAGUGAGGGUAUGAAGCGCUUCCUGGAGAAGGACUCAGGACAUGGCCACAGUAACUCCAAGUCUGGCUUGGCAUGGGAUACUGUCGGCAAGAACAUGUUGGACGUCUUGACGAUGGGUCCAAAGGGUGCCAUGGAGGGCGGCAAGGCAGUGUUUGGCGGAGUGACUGGCGUGUUCAACAACAUCGGCCUCGGUCCGAGAAAGAAUACGGCGUCUUCCCUGUCGGAAAUCCAAACAUCGAAUCGUUGGUCAACAGGAACACCGCCACGGAUGGACAGCACCACCAGCCUCAACGCGGCAGUCACGUCACCAACCGGAGUGGGUCCCCGGAAGGGCAGGGAUAGUCUCGACAGCCAGAGAUCAUCCAUCGUGUCGACCCAGCCUGGCAAGAUCGCUCCCAUGGAGCGACGGCCCAGCUAUGAUCCGCGUGGAGACACCGAGGCGGACAGCCUCAAGCCUCGUUCUGACCGCUGGGAAAGGACCUCGCCGAGCGCCACCGGCAGUCGCGAACAUAGUAGAGCUUCGAGCCUGGCGCCCUUGCAGUCGCCUGCCCUGCGGUCACCGUCUUCAACGAGCCUGGAUGUUAUGAACCUCCAGUACCUCCCACCGCCUCCGGAUGAGAUGCCCGAAGACUAUCAGUCGCCGACGCACGGGGACAUGCAGGCUCAAAUGAAAUCGACCGGGGCCGUUUCACCCGGCCUGCCGCAAACUCAGGCGAACAAGAAGGAGCCGAAACCCGCACGACAGUACGCCCCGUUAUCCGAGCAAGAGGCGAACGUGGCCGUGGAGCUGGUCUUCGCCAUUAUCAAUGAAAUGUACACGCUCUCGUCCGCUUGGAAUAUCCGACGAACUCUUUUGGCCGCCGCAAAGUCGUUCCUCUUACGGCCCGGCAAUCCAUCUCUGCUCUCGAUUCAGAAGAUGAUGCAGGAGUCGGUUAUCGACGCCAACACAAAGGACGAAGGUCUUGCGUACCACCUACGCAAGCUACGAGAAAACACGAUGCCAACUGAUGAGGAGCGCGCUGCGUGGCCAGCCGAGAUGACGGACGAAGAGAAGGAGAAGCUGCGCAUCAAGGCGCGCAACUUACUCAUCAAGCGAGGUGUCCCGGCUGCUUUGUCUGGUGUCAUGGGACAGGCGGCGACGACCGACGCCCUUGGGCGCAUCUUUGACAGCCUUCAGAUCGAGGAGGUGGCGCGAGGCUUCAUGUUUGGCAUGAUGCUUCAAGCCGUCCGGGUCGUCACCCACUAACUACCCUUUUCCAUCAACUCCCCUGGCGCCGGCGUACCUCAUAUUGUAUUAGCAAACGGACACGCAAAUGAUGAGGGUGGGACGAAAGCGUAAAAAAGACGUUGUUUGUAAGAUGAGAUGACUUGAAAGCAAGACACGGGAAACGAACGAUGAUGGGCAACCUGUCGGGCAGGGGGCAUAUAUGUAUACAUACAU